GAACUUCCACUAUGCUGUUAAGAUGAACACACUCUCCACUUAUGUCCUCACUUAAGAAUGUCCUUUAUUUCCAAGCUGGACUUGGAGUCCUAGCCAAUAUGUGUCUUCUUUUUUUCUAUACUUCCAUAAUCCUAGGUCACAGAUCUAAGCCCACAGACGUGAUCUCCUGUCAACUGACUUUCAUUCACAUAAUCAUGGUCCUCACUGGAGGGGAUAUUAUGCUUACAGACCUAUUUGAGUUACUAAACAUUGAGAAUGAUUUCAAAUGUAAGACAAUAUUUUAUAUUAGCAGGGUGAUGAGAGGCCUCUCUAUCUGCACCACCUGCCUUCUGAGUGUGUUCCAGGCUGUCACUAUCAGUCCCAAUACCUCUUUGUUGGCCAAAUUUAAACAAAAGCUAAAAAAAUACAUGGCCUAUGUUUUCUUAUGUAUUUGGUUUUUCAAUUUGUCCUUCAGUACUAACAGGAUCUUUUAUGCUGCUGGUUUUACCAAUGUGAGUGAGACCAACCAGAUGCAGGUCACUAAAUCCUGCUCACUCUUACCCAUGAACUACAUCAUCAGGGGACUGAUUUUUACUAUAUCAACCUCCAGAGAUGUGUUUCUUGUAGGAGUCAUGCUGACCACAAGUGUAUACAUGGUGAUUACCAUGAUUAGGUAUCAAAGGCAGUGCAAGUAUCUUUAUAGCACUAGCCACCUGAGAGAGUCCCCUGAGAAAAGGGCCACCCAGACCAUCUUGCUGCUGGUGGUUUUCUUUGUGGUCAUGUACUGGGUGGACUUCAUCAUCUCAUUCACCUCAGACAUGUUAUGGAUGUAUGACUCAAUCAUCCUGACUGUUCAGAAGUUUAUGAUGUUUGCCUAUCCCACAAUUACCCCUUUGGUACAAAUCAGUUCUGAUAACAGAAUCAUAAUUAGAAUAAAAAAUCUACAGUCAAAGCACCACCAGAUAUUUUUUUAAAAAGAUUUUUCUUUUCUUUAUAAUUUAUUAAUUUAUUAUUAAUUUAUACCUAUCUAUGCUGUGGCAGCAUGUAUGCAUGUGUGCAUUCCUGG